AUGCCGGGAAAUAUUCUCGAAAACAUUUUGUAAGUUUGCUUUCUAGGUGAAAAUACAACAAAAUGUGCCCAUUGUUCAGGAUAAUGAUGGAAUCAAGGCCGUCUGGCGAGGAGUCCAGGAAAUCCCGGAACGAUAGAUAUCGGAUCCGUCAAAGCAUGAAACGCUCGAUAAAUUUGCCCAUGGACACUUUCACCGAAACGAAGCCGAAAGCUGAUUAUGUGCCGGUUAAAGUGAAAAGUAAGAUAUUUUCAAUGACAAGACGGAACGAUUAUUCCAGAGGCUCGUCUGUCUGAUGCAAUUAUGGCUCUUGCCGAGAACUGUGAAGGCCCGAACGAAAAAAUGAAGAACUACUUCAAACUGUUCGAAGAGGCGGAAGAUAGCGACUGCGAAGAGUACGAUCCCUACGAAAACUCUUCGGUGAGAGACAUUUCUGUCAAAAUCCAUUUACAUUAUUGUGUUCAGGAAACGUCCGAAUCAAAAGCUAAGAAUUCAAUGGUCCCGAUUGUCGAGCGUAUCGUCUCUAUCAAGGUGUGUCCCAAUUUUUAUUCUGAGAGAUUGCAUCAUAAACUCGAUCUCAGCAAGAGUUCUCAACGACGACAAGGGAAGCCGAAACAGACGAAAAAGUGAAGAAUUCGGAAAUAGACAGUGUGAAAAUGCCACUAACUGAAGAUCAUCUAGAAAUAGUUGAUGACUACGAAGUUCCGCUCAAAUAUCUCCGUGGAAAAGUUCCGCGCCAAUAUUUCGAACAAAUGGAAAUCGUGGCAAGAGAGUCGAUCGUUCGAAAUCAGAAAAAGGAGCAGAGGAUGAUUUUGGAGAGAGAAGCGGAAAAGGAGAGACUGAGAAAAGAGGAGGAAGAGGACAGAAAAGAGGCGGCCGAGGAAGAGGUGCGCAGACAGGAAAAUGAAAAAGAGGCAGAGGAGAGAAGGGAGGAGAGGAAGAGACGCAGAGAGCAGAGAGAGAAGAAGAAGGCUGAACACAGAGAAAAAGAGGAUCUGGAGAAGAAGGAAGUUCUGGAGAAGAAGAUCUUGGAGCGGGAGGAGAGAAUCAAGAAUCGAAAAUGUGAAACGAAGAGAAGUACUCCGAAGAUGUCCGCUCUCACAGGUAUCAGCAAUUUAUAGAGAAUUCGCAGACCGAAUGGAAAGCCCUGAUGUUUUCAGAUCCGUCCUUCGAUCCUUCGCAGAUCAGUCUCUUCUGCACCGAGGCGGUCCCACUGGCUCCGCUAAGAGCGACUCCUUUCAAAGAGAAAGAAGUCGCCAUUGAAAAGAACCUCAUGACCUACGAUCCCCAAACGUCUUUCUUCGAUCAGAAUUCAUUUGUGGAGCAAGACAGCGGAUUGGGGGAUCUGGAUAUGCUCACAGUCGACAGAAGCUUCGACGGAAUCAACAUGGACGAAGUGAUCGCAUUCGAGCAGCACCAGACAGAAGCCGGAGAGAUCAACAAGCUAGUGAACGAGAUGCGAAUUGUUGAGUAUGAGGUGAGCCAGGGUCUCGAAGAUCUUCUGAUGAGAAAGUGGUUCAGAUUGUGCCACUGGCCAUUCCGUGCGAUCCAUUUCUGGGAAUAAUCGAACGAGAAGAGCUGCCAACUCUGACCGACCCGAUAGAUGAAAUGGAAUUCGAGGAGGACGUCAGCCCGGAGAAGCAUUUGUUCGAAUUCAACCUCAUCGAUUCAAUGGAAGAAUUUGUGCCACUGAAUCUAGAUUGCGAUGCUCUCACCAGUGAAGACUUUAACCCCACUGUGCUAUUCCGAUAAACCCCGCCCCGUCAUAAUCUAAUGUCAAACUAAUGCUCAUAAUUUGUUUUUAAAAUCAUAGUUUUAUUGUUCUACAUCUGUUUUAUGCUCUAUUUUUGCUAAAAUUAUCAUAAUAGGGUAUGAAAGUAUUGCCUGAGAGUGCGCAAACAAUGGGGGGUGAAAAGACGAGAUAUCGGGUCGGAAUAUGUCACAUUUGACAGCUGAGCGGUUCUUCAUUUCGAUGCGUUCUUCCCCUCGUUUCUUCUUUUUUCCCGAAUUCUGGUUGUAGGAUAAUCAUUUAAAUGCCCCCCCUCACUUUACUCAUUCGAACAUGCAAUCUGUUCUACCGAAUGCUCUAAUUGAACUUUUCGGAGUGUUUACCCUCUUUGCGUGCACCUAAUUCCUAAUUUCGAACACAGAUGAGUCUCGUCCGUUCUCCAGGGACCCUUCUUUCUUUCCGACAUCCACUUCACGUACCGUCCGUAUGUUCCGCACUCGGAAUGGCACUUGGACUCGCACUAAUUGCCUAAUAUACUCGAUGCCAUUCCGCCCUUUUCAUCUCUUUCCGACUGUUUUUUCCCUUCUUCUUCUUCUUCUUCUUCUUCUUCUCGGCGUUCGUUUCCGCGCAAUUGAACGCACUUUUCAUAAAUGAUGAAGCGGCGUGAAUUCAAAAUUCAAAUGAAUAAAUCUGAAUCUAUCCAUAUCACUUGCUUUCCCUCCCGUUUCUGAUUUGGUCCUCAUGGCGCAAAGGUUUCUGUGUCUCCCCAUCAAUCCGUCAUCUCGAGUUCAAUCCCAACUCGUCGCCAAACCUUUUUGCACACUUCCCCUAGUACACCUACAGCUUUUAGUCGGAGCUUUCCGUCCCAUAAAUCACGUGUCACUUACUUCCUAGCUUUCUGUCACAAAAUACAUAAAAGGGGAUCAAGAAGUUAUGGAAACCCGAUCCGGCCCUUUAUAUUUGGUUACUCUCUGCUUUGGGAUUGGAUUCAGACGGCUCUGGCGGUCAUUCGAACCCUUUUUAUUGGUUUUGAGUGUCCGCUCUCACUCAUACACACCCUCUCAUGCCCAUUUUGGCACCCGUUUCUGCCGCCCUUUUUUGUACGAAUUUUUUAUGAAAAGAUGAUGUGGAACUUCCAGAGUGGAAGGAGGUGGAUUCAAUUACGUUCUCCUACUUUUACAAGAUCCCAAUCUUGUUGAAAAUUGAUAAUUUCUGGAUCGAUCAGUCUCAAGAGUAGUGUAGACGGUAAUUUUCAAAGUAGAAACGUUGUUGUCAAUGGAGCGCACUUGUGAACGCGUCGAAUUCAAAAAGUCACCUUGAACGUGUUAAUUACGGUCCGUGCAACUUCAAAAAUCCGUCUGUCCGGUAUCCUUGGCGUCCGUGCGACUAAUUACCACAAUUGACCUAGGGAGACUUUUGUGUAGCCAUUAUCCGUCGCCUUCUGCUCUCUCUCUCUCUCUCUCUCUCUCUUUCUCCCUUUCUCUGCUUUCCUAAUUAUCCCCUUCCUUCUUUUGUCUACCGUACUCCGUUCUUCUUCUUCGUCUCUGUGGGACAUCUCGUUCUUCAGCUUCAAUCUCUUCUUCUUUUGCACAUCCCCUUGUCUCGUGGCUGUCAUAUUGUAUUUGUCAUAAUGACACGGCGACAUGCAUAAACCCCGGCCUUGAAGGGUAUUUAGGAGUGAAAAAGAGCAAGAAGAGCUCCUAAAACAAGAGGAGAAGAAGAAGCGAGAGGAAGCACACAUUUGCGACGGUUGAUCGCUUCCAAAUCGUUUCUUUCUUUUCGUCCGUGCGCCGAUUUGUCAGCUACUUGUUAUGCAAUAAUAUUGGGUAUUCAGAAGAAGAAGAAGAAGUGGGCGGAGUCUCGUCGCCACGAAAAAGGGCUCUUUUCAUGUGGGCUUAUGUAUGGAUAUCCCCCCUUCUCAAUGACACUUUUUCAUUUCGUUUCAAUUACACUACUUUCGAUUCAUCCAUCCGUUAUACAAAAAGUCAAUUUUAGGAGGACGAGUGUGCUCCAGAGUUCUUUUGAAUCUUUCCAACUGAAAAGGAGUCAAGCUGUGAGAUCCGAUUGCAAAGUGCAGAGGCUUCAUGAUUAGCUAGCGUAACCUUCAUUGUUCGCAAGAUCUCGCUCUUAGAAUCCCGAACCACAAGCCCCCCAAUAUUGUCCAUUCAAGACGAUGUAUCUCAGCUGUCGGUAGAGAUGUCAAAAAAUUGUCAAUUGAUGAAAUGUGCACAAUGUGUUCAUGAACAAUUUAUCAGUUGAACUCGCUUUGAUACCGGCAGCUGAGAUAUAUUGUGUGCGAGUAUGCAAUGCUCCAGGUGAUCAAAUGCGUCUGCCAACUUCAACAGAUCAGUUGAUGCCUUUAGUUUUGCAAAUGCUUUUCAAGAGUUCUUCUCAUUUCCACGUACCGUGAGCGCCCCAGAGUUGCCUCUCCGUUUCUUGUUGUCGUCGGAAGCCCCUCCCACCGUCCGGAAUGCCCGCACCUUUCCCUUCUCUCCUUCUUUCUGCUGCUCUCCGUGCCGAGCUUCCCUUUCGCGGCGCUCUUUUCAAUUUACAUCCUUCUUUCCGUCCGCUCUCACAUUCCUUUUUUGAGACAAAUUUCAACUUGCUCACCCAGAAAACGCGAGCUCUGUCCUUCUCCUUCUCCGUCCUUCUUUUUUCAACGUCAUCUGACCCCAUGGGCCUCUGGAAUGCGUCGUCUGAAGGGGACCGAGGAGGCUAAAAAACACACAAUUUCAUCGGACAAAUAAUCGUAUUAGCUGAAGGCACAUCUGCUCCUCCGCGCCUCUUUUUUCAUAACAUGUCUUAUUGCAUUUAUGUACAAGUCGCCUUUUUUGUGUCGCUUGCAGUUGCUGACCAGCUUACUGUAGAACUCAUGAGUUCGUCUCCGAGGCUCCAAGUGUUUUUCGCCACUAAAAUUAGUCGGUGGCCAGUGGCCGCUCGGGGUGUAAUUCACACGACAUGUCACUCAUUUGUCUCGUUUAAUUGGAAAACGGACACGGCUCCACACAGGAGACCCUCCUCUCGAAACUGCACGAUUCUCGUACCUUCCCUUCGAGAAUUCCAAGUGCUUCUUGACGGUGGGAACCGCACGGAACUGCCCAAACACUGCUCUGCGUCUCGUCUCGUCUCGGAAACUAGCAAAAAAGGGAAGCGAAAGAGGAUCACAUUUGUUUUCAUCAUAUUUAUCUCUCCGCGCAUUUGUCGCCUUUCCGUCGCCUCUUGGGUCCAUCUUGUCUCCUCUUUUUUCCGUUUUCCGAUUUCAUUUUUCUCUUCCAUUCAGACGUCAUUGAAUGCGAUCCGGGAGAUGCUGAAAUGAGUAUUGUCCGUUCACUCUUCCUCUUCCAACUCGCCGUCCUUUUGGUCUCCGCGACCACCUGCCCGCACGCCAUCAAUUCGCGGAUCCAGGAGUGUGUGCAGCCGGUCGCCGACUAUGCAAAAGUCCUCAACAACCAGGUCCCGUCCCGAUCAUCUUCUCCCUUUUAACAACAGAUUCCAGGAUUCUCGAACGUCCGGAUCGGAAUUCGGCAGCGCGUUCUCCCUUCCCAACAUGGGCGGUCGCGUCUUCAACGAGCUGUGCAGGUUCGUGUCGCGCUUCGCUCCGAAAAAGCAAGCAACGCAUCAUAAAAUCACGCAUAAAUCUUGACGAUGCGCAUCGAAUCGGAUCCCCCUGAGACCCCACCGACGCUUCUUCUUUUCAGGCUGAUCGCCAAAUUCAACAGUUGUGUGCGUGAUCAUCGGAGCACGUGCCCCCGCCACGUCACCAUUUCGCUCAUCGAUUCUUCGUACGGUUAUCUGUGCAACGAGGGAUACAAUAGUGAUUGAGAGCUGGUGAAACGGGAAAAGAAAAACAUUCUUUCAGCGUUCAUGGAAUCGGCGGAAUGUCUGAUGGAAUUGGAUCGGAAGCCGUCGGUAAAAAGGUGCCACGACGAGACUCUCCGAGAGAUCGAGUCCGCGAACACAGAGUCGGGAGUCUCGAUGCCAGCCAAAGUGGACAGAAUGUGCGGGUGAGGAGUCCGAAACGCCGAGCCAUGUACCUUCCGAUCGGCCCUUUCAGAGCACUCAACUUCUUCUCAGGAUGCGUCCGUUCUCCGAUCAAACAAGACUGCGGCUUCUCCGCGUGGCAGGUGAGUUUGCGAAGAGCGCGCUCCCAGAUCUCAACCACUUGCAGGUGAUCUAUCGAGUCCUGAAGGACACGACCAACACUCUGAUGCCAGCGUGUCAGUUCACGGGGACCUCCCAGAAGCUGGCGUCGUUCCAAAAAGAGACAGACUCGGAAUCCACGACGACGACCUCGCCCCCUUCGAAUCUGUCCACCCGUUCUCAGACUCUCGCGACGAAAGCGUCCACUGUGAGCACUCAACAACUUCUGACGAGUACGCAAGCAAUCAGAACAACGACGCAAGAAGAAUCGGAGCCCGAAUUGGGAGUGACUCCGAAGAAAAAGAUGAGGAAGAUACAGUCGGCGGAGCUCACCGAUUCUUCGCCGAUCACCACACACUUUCUCACUUUAAGCAUAGUUUUAGGUGCUCUUCUCCUUUAAAGUCUUCGCAAUUUAUUCUGUUUUCCCCAACCGAUUACGUGUAUUUUUUGUAUGAAAACAAGGUCUAGAUGGAUUGAUUCUAGUCCUACCAGGUGUCAUUUCCCUUUGCGCUCUUUUUUAAUAAAGUUUAAUGUAUUAGAUUUUCCCUUCUUUGAUCAGUUUUGAGUCCGAUCGAAAGAGUGCGAAUGAGUCAAAAGUCCAGGCCUCUGAAAAGCCUGGUCCGGUCUUUUAUCGGCUCUUGUUUUGGCGAACGAUUGAAUUGAUCUAAUUUAGUAGGGUUUCCAUGAGAAAAAUAUGGCAAAAAGUUAAGCCAGAACUGUGCGCCAUGACUUCAAAAACACGGCGAGAGCUCUGGGCGACGAUUUUGUGCUCGGUGGCCGCGUGGCCGGGGCUGAGGACAUUAGCCGGCCGCGUCGACGAACGCCGCUUUUUCGGAUGUCUCUCUUGUAUCGAUUCGCGAAUAACCUUGCCCCAAACUCAUCUUUUAGUGGAUUUUCUCCCGAUUUUCAGAAAAUACUGAAUUUCCAGCACAAAUGGCUACUCAAGACGACAUUCAGGCACUCAUUCAAAUGGUUCCGAAUCUGCAGGUAAAAAAAAAGGAAAUCACUGCUGAAAAACGCGUUUAUCGUGCAGGAAGGAACGCCGUAUUACGAAAUGUUGCUGAAAGUAAUCGAGGAGAUAGGAAAAGAUAUCAGGCCGACGUACACAUUCAACAAGCUCACGGGAGAACGGCUCAAAAGGAACAUUCAGGCAGCCAAAGUGCUCAUUAAGUAGGUUUUCUUUUUAAAUAUCGCUUUUCAGAAAAGAAACCCGUUUCUUAUCGAAUUAACCAUACAAAAACUUGAAAUACGCGUACGACUGAUAGCCAGUUCGAAAACAAAGCAAAGAGGACAUCAGUCCACAAUCUUCAUAUUAUUUCCCCUCAAAUCUAGCCGAAAAAACCCUUGAAUUGAGGGUGUGAACUCAAAUAUUUGACCAGUCCCGAUCGUUUGCAGAAUGUGCCAACAAGAGGCCGAGAACGACAAGAAGAAGGCCGACGCGAUGAUAGAACAGCAGAGAAUCCAGGCCGCCAAAGAACAGUCCCAGAAGCCCACCACUCAGAACUAA